CCUAAUAAAAGCUUGGAGAGAAAUAAAAAUCUCUUUUUUGAUCUUCACCUCUUUUGUUGCUUUUGUGUACUUCUACUAUUUUUGUGUUCAUUUGGGUCGUAAUAAGUAGUCUACACAAAUCCUCCCAUGGAUGUCGUCGACUCCCGCGUCACGGUGGCGCCACACCCGGAAGCUGCAGAACCGAAUGAAGUUGGCGGCGGUGACAGUGGCGGGUCGAAUUCGGGUGAAGAAGAUAAGGGGUUAAUGUUGUUUGAAGAUGGAGAGAAGAAUUUUGGUGGAAACCGGUGGCCUCGACAAGAAACCUUGGCUUUGUUGAAGAUAAGAUCCGACAUGGAUGCAAUUUUUAGAGAUGCAACGCUCAAAGCUCCAUUAUGGGAUGAAAUUUCAAGGAAAUUGGGCGAGCUUGGAUUCAAUCGAACCCCAAAAAAAUGCAAGGAGAAAUUCGAGAAUGUUUACAAGUAUCACAAAAGAACCAAAAUUGGUCGAUGUGGGAAAUCUGAUAAUAGCAAAAAGGUAUAUAAAUUCUCCGAUGAAUUAGAGGCGUUUGAUAUUCAUCAUCACAACCACAUUUCCGUUCAAUCCCACCAUCGCCACUCAAUUCCGCCGCAAAGACUAAUCGCAGCUUCUACUGUUUCAUCGACCAUCAACACAACAAUCAACCACUCUUUGCCACUCAAUUUUCAAAACAUUUCAUCCAAUGGGUUGUUUUUGAGCUCGACAUCGUCGUCGACCGCGUCGGAGGAAGAUAAAGAUACGUUUCGUAAGACGAAGAAGAGAAAGUGGAGAGAUUUCUUCGUGAACUUAACAAAGGAAGUGAUAGAGAAGCAAGAGAGCCUUCAAUUAAAAUUCCUAGAAUCCUUGGAGAGAAUAGAGAAUCAAAGAAAAUUGAGAGAUGAAGCAUGGAGAAUGAAGGAAAUGACAAGGGCUAAUCACGAUCAUCAAGUUUUAGUUCAAGAGAUGUCGAUCACCGCAGCAAAAGACGCCGCCGUCAUCGCGUUUUUGCAAAAAAUAUCUCCCUCGACACCACCGGUACCACAUAACGUUAUUGCAAAGGUGAGCACGGGUGGAGGAUGUGGGUCGAGAUGGCCGAAGGCGGAAGUGGAAGCGUUAAUAAGAUUGAGGAUGGAAAUGGAGAUGAAGUAUGAAGAGAAUGGGCAAAAGGGGUUAUUAUGGGAAGAGAUAUCAGCAGGCAUGAGAGGGAUUGGAUACAACAGAAGCUCAAAGAGAUGCAAAGAGAAAUGGGAAAACAUAAACAAAUACUUCAAAAAGGUGAAAGAUGGGAAGAAGAAAAGGGGAGAAGACUCCAAGACAUGCCCCUACUUCCACUUGUUGGAUGCUUUAUACAAAGAGAAAGAGAAGCAGGCGAGUUUUGAUAUGAAUGCCCAAAUGGAGCCAUUGAUGGUGGAGCCAGAACAACAAUGGCCACCUCCAUUUCAGGCCAAUCAUCAAAUGGUGCAUACAAUAAAGGGUGAGGGAAACCAAGACGAAGAUGGUGGAAGUAGCAGCACAGACGUGGAGGAUUGAACAAGAAUAUUGGUUAAGCUAUUCACCAAGCUUUGUUUUACAUGUCCCAAAAUGCAAAUUUCAAAUUUGUAUAAUAAUAAUAAUUAUUGUUGUUGUCUAUAGUGGGUUUUUGAUAAUGCUAAUGAUGGCCAACGUACUGCCUUUUCCUUUUAUUAAAAACUAACAAUUCA